UCGUUCCUUGUGUUUUGAUGGCUUCUCCUCUGCCUGUUUUCGGCUCGCUAUCUACUUGAACUUUGUAAUUUAAUUCGUGUGAAUGUAUUCUAUUUCAUAUAAAGUUUGUUUUAAAUGAAGUAUAAGUCUUCUACCAUCAUUGCAACACUCUCUAAGUGGUCAGUUUGUCGUGAUUGUCAAUAGUCCCAUUACUUCCUGAUGGGGAGGUACGACAGGAGGAGUCGAUCACGGGACCGUGACAGUAGGCGAGACCGAAGUCGAAGCAGAGAUCGAGACAGAGGCAGAGGUUUUGGUGGUGGCAGAGGAGGUAGAGGUGGACGAGGUGGCGGAGGAGGCUUCAAUGACUCAGGACUGCGCAAACCUCGCUGGGAUUUGACUCGACUGGAGCCAUUGAAGAAAGAUUUUUAUAUACCAUCAGCCUCUGUUACAGAAAGGAGUAAAGAAGUCAUCGAUAAAUGGAGAGAAGAAAAGGAAAUAACUUUAAAAGGCAGAAAUAUUCCUAAUCCUAUUUUCACUUUUGAAGAAGGUGGUUUCCCUGACUACAUAAUGAAAGAAAUUGAGCGAGCUGGAUUUAAAGAACCCACGGCUAUUCAAGCUCAGGGUUGGCCGAUAGCUUUAAGUGGUCAAGAUAUGGUUGGAAUUGCGUCAACAGGAUCUGGCAAAACUUUCUCGUAUGUUUUACCUGCGAUCAUUCAUGCCAAAAAUCAACCAAAAAUUCACCGAGGCGAUGGACCUAUCGGACUGAUUUUGGCCCCAACCAGAGAGUUAGCUCAACAGAUACAGCAAGUCGCCACUGAUUUUGGUGAACCUGCUGAUGUCAUCAAUUGCUGUGUAUAUGGUGGUGCUCCCAAAAGCCAACAGGCAAGGGAACUAGAUCACGGUGUUGAACUUGUCAUAGCCACUCCUGGUAGAUUAUUGGACUUCUUAAAAUCUGGUCGAGUAAACCUCAAAAGGUGUACAUACUUAGUUCUUGAUGAAGCUGAUAGAAUGUUGGACAUGGGUUUUGAACCCCAAAUUCGGAAAAUAUUUGAACAAAUUCGUCCUGAUAGACAAGUUUUGAUGUGGUCUGCAACAUGGCCCAAAGAAGUAAAAGCUUUAGCUGAAGAAUUUUUGAGGGAUUACAUUCAAAUUAAUGUUGGUUCUCUACAACUAGCCGCUAAUCACAAUAUACUGCAAAUUGUCGACGUAUGUCAAGAAUAUGAAAAAGAAGAAAAAUUGUGUGCCCUUCUGAAGGAAAUCAUGGCUGAAGAAGAAAACAAAACAAUUAUUUUCAUUGAAACAAAAAGAAGAGUAGAUGAGGUCACAAAAAAAAUUAAAAGAGAAGGGUGGUCUGCCUCUUGUAUUCAUGGUGAUAAAAAUCAAGUUGAAAGAGGCUAUGUUCUUCAAGAUUUUCGUAAUGGGAAGUCUCCAAUUUUGGUAGCAACUGAUGUUGCCGCCCGUGGUCUCGAUGUGGAAGAUGUUAAAUUUGUCAUUAAUUUUGACUAUCCUAAUAAUUCGGAGGAUUAUGUUCAUCGAAUUGGGCGCACGGGGCGAUCGAAAAAUACAGGCACUGCUUACACCUUUUUCACUCAAAGUAAUGGUAAACAGGCAGCUGAUUUGAUCAACGUAUUAAAAGAGGCAAAGCAAAGAAUUAAUCCCAAACUGUUGGAGGUGGCUGAAAACUGGAAAAAUAAUGGCCCUAGCGGCUUUGGCAGAGGAGGUCGAGGCAAGUGGCGAGGUAGAGAGCGAGAUGGAGAUAGAGAUAGGGAUAGGGACAGAGAUAGAGAUCGUGACAGGGGAAGAGACAGAGGUAGAGACCGUGAUAGGGAUCGAGGUAGAGACCGAGACAGAGAUAGAGAUCGUGGGAAAGGAAACCGCAGGAGCCAAUCUCGAAGUCGCUCGUGGGACCGCAGGAGGAGACGUCGCUCCAGGAGCUACUCACGAUCCUCAAACUCUAGUCGCUCCUACUCACGAUCCAGAUCGCGGGACUCCAGAUCAAGAUCCAAAUCCAGCCGCAGCAGGAGCCCGACGCCCCCCAGAAACAAGCCCGUCAGCAACCCACCCAUGACCAAACCAGUAAUAAAAUCUGAUACUUCAAUCCCGCCUCCUGUGCCAACGAAUAAUUUUGUUGCCCCUCCGCCAGCACCGCCCCCUGCAGUACCUGCCCCUCCCCCUGGUCCACCUCCAGCCGGACCGCCUCCUCCUCCCCCUGAAGCGAUGAUCAUUCCCCCUCCACCAAUGCCUGUCCAUCCAGUCAUGUUUUUCCAGCAACCCCCUCCGCCGCCCCCCGAUGCAUCUGGGCAGAUGAAAGCCAUGAACGGAAAUCACUAUUAUGGACCAGUUCCUCCGCCUCAUCUAGCUAACGGCUACAUGAUGAUGAUGCAUCAGUAGACAAGACACAACUACACCUAGUAGUAUCUGACGAAAACAGAAACCAUUGAGUGAAAAACGACAAACUUAUCAGCUUGAAAUCCUGCUGCUUCAUUAUACCUUUUUUCUUCUUGUUGUCUCUCAGACUUUCUUAUCAAUUGUUAUUUAUUUUCAGUAUCUUUUCUCUUAAAACGUAUAUGUACAUACAACUCAGAUCAUGCUCCAUUUUAUUCAGUAUGGAGGUCAACAUGGUUCUUGAUUUUGUCAAUUAUUUAUCUGUUUUUUGGGAAAGUCUCUUUUCCACAUUAUUAUUAAACAUAUGACAGUUUUUCAGUAGGUUUGUUUUGAGGAUUUGAUAUCAGAUUCUCCUCCACUUUUACUUAAAAUUCUAAGGUUUCUUUCUAUAUUGAUUUAAUAUCACAUUCCUUUUUAUUUUGAGUUUCCCAAUUUUUCUGUAUAAAUGUAGCUCAGAAGUUCAGACAGUUAUAUUAGCAUCAUCCUUUGAACUACAUAUUUAUGUUUUAGUCAUCAUGCAGGCCUCAUCUCAUUUUAAGUCUGAAUCCAUCGAAUGUGCCCAAAUGGAACAAGGUUCCACGGACUCAGAGUUGUAGCACAAUUACUUUAUCUGUCUUAAAUUAAGUUUUCCCAAGGAUAUAUAGAUUAAUUUUAUUUGCCGUUUUUCUUUUGUAAACAUAAUUCAAUAUUUUUCACCAUUAAAUGGAGUGCUUUAAAUUUUUUAAUUUUCAUUUCAUUACUUCUAAUGAGGUUUCUAAUUCAUACGUCAAAAGCUAGUUUUAAGUUUGGUUUAUAAGAUUAUUAACUAAGAAAUUUUUAAAAUCACUUUUUCUUGUUCUCUAUUGCUAUCAACAUUCGUACCUCUGUCCUUGCUUGCUACCCAUACAAUUAAAUUAAAAGAAGGAAGGUAUAUUACAACAUAAAAAAAUUGAGAAAUGUUACCUCACCAAGCCAAAACUUAAAAGUUGAAGCAUGUUUUUCUCUCACCUCUUCACUGUAUGUUGAAUGUCAGGCUUGUAGGAUGGCCAGAACAGGAAAUACUCUUAAUUUGAAGAGAAACGUCAGAAUUUUCUGACCAGUUGUAUCUUCUCAAAAUCGAUAAAUAAGGAAGGAAAAUAAUCGUAUUCAGUGAAAUAAAAAAAUAAGUGCCUAAAACAAAGUCCAAAAAAAUUUAAAAUUUGGAAUCGAAACUUAAACUCAGAUAUGUAUUCCUAGGUUUUAAUGGUGCUCUUAAAGGCCUUAUUCGUGUAUUUCUCCUUCUGUAAUUUGAUUGUGUCAACUGUAACAUCGGGUAUUUUUCAUCAAUUUUCUUGUUAUAAAAACUUGAAAGCCUGAAAAAUUAUGAUGUGUGAACAGCUGGUCAUCCAUCAAAGCCUUUGAUUUGAAUUAAGUUCAUGAAUAUAUUCAUCAGAGUUGUAAAUAAGAAUUAACCUAUUAAAAUUCUAUGAAUAACUCUAUAUCAGUCUUUCAUAUAACUGUUACAAUCAUUCAAGAGUGGUAAGAAACUGUAUUGCUAUCCGAUGUGUGUAGGUAGUAUGAGAAUCUGUCCUCUUUUUUAUUUUUUUUUUUUGAAGUUUUAAUCAAAGUUGCACUUGAAUGAAUUGUAAUUGGACUGCAUUCUGCAAUUUGGAACUAUUAAUUUCGGCCCGGUUUAAAAACAACGUAUGUGCCAUUAGUUUCCCUAUGCACAUACGCAUUUUUCCAGAAGAACCAGAAUUUAUAGUUCCAAAUUGCAAAAUGCAGUCCAAUUAUUAGUUUAAGUUUGAUGAGAAAACAGGAAAGCCCAGAUAAAGCUAUCUUUUCAAAGUGCUUAUGAUCUCACAAUUUGAAUUCCAAUUCCGUCAGCAGAGGUAUAAUUUCUAACAAUGGAAGCCAAUACCUCAGAAAACGCUUUUAACUAAAAUUCUCACCCGCGCAUAUGUCUACUGUCUUUAUAUGUGCAGCAUAUCUCGAUCAUCAUCGUCUCUGAACUGAAAGAAUAACAUUUACGUCACCAUUUGUUUCGUCUGUAUAUUUGUAAGAAAGUUAUUGGUAGUACCCAAUAAAUAGUUUUAAUUAUUGAAAA